CCCUGCCUGUGGGUGUGGACCUCUGCUGCAGAAACACUUCAGACAGACGGGGAGUGUCCAGGCUGGAUUUUAAACUCAACCUCUCACUUGUUGUGAAGGAGGCGACCGUUAUGGUUGUAUAAUUAUCCGGGACUAAUACUGUAAUUAUUUUUCUUCCUAAAAAAAAACCCCGAAACUGUAAUUUACAUGACUUUUUGCGGAGUUGACCACACCAUGGUGCAUAAAUAUGACACACAGCGAGCAGUGGGGCUGCUCAGACACUACCAGGCCAACCUGACCAACCCAGAGGAGCAGGCCCUGAAGACCAGCGUGGGCAAAGUCUCCUCAAUACUGGGCAGCCAGCUGUUCCAUGCCCUUCUUGAUAUUCAAGAGUGUUACGAGGUGACCUUGCAACUGAACACAGAACAAACUGUUGUGAAAGAAGACAGCAGGCAAGAUGCGUGGGAGGAGGAUGAUGAUGGAGAAGAGGAAGAGCAGGAGGAGGGUGUGUCUCGGGUGCGAGUGACCAGCAGGAGGAGCCCUCACAAAGUGGAGCGAGUUUCUGGCUUGGUGACUUUAUCUCAUGUCGACAUACCAAAAGCCAACCCUCCCCCCAUCAUCGUCAACGCAGACUCACUAGAUGCAGGCCCUUAUGUAAAUGGCAGUGAUGGGAUGUACAAAUACGAAGAGAUAAUUUUAGAGCGGGGGAACUCUGGCCUGGGCUUCAGCAUUGCUGGAGGAAUAGACAAUCCCCACAUUCCUGAUGAUCCGGGGAUCUUCAUCACUAAGAUUAUCCCUGGAGGAGCAGCUGCUAUGGAUGGAAGGCUGGGGGUGAAUGACUGCGUGCUGCGUGUGAACGACGUGGACGUGUCCGAGGUGGUUCACAGCCGGGCGGUGGAGGCCUUGAAGGAGGCGGGGCCAGUGGUGAGGCUGCUGGUCCGACGGAGGCAGGCUCCACCCGAAACGAUCCUGGAGGUCAACCUGCUGAAAGGGCCCAAAGGGCUUGGAUUCAGCAUCGCUGGAGGGAUUGGAAACCAACAUAUCCCGGGAGAUAACAGCAUCUAUAUUACCAAGAUCAUAGAAGGAGGAGCUGCCCAAAAAGAUGGACGACUGCAGACUGGAGACCGCCUGCUAGCUGUGAACAACAUCGUGCUACAAGACGUGCGUCAUGAGGAGGCCGUGGCUGCGCUGAAGAACACCUCCGACAUGGUUUACCUCAAGGUGGCUAAGCCGGGACCUGUGCACCUCAACGACAUGUACGCCCCCCCAGACUACUCAAGCACCUUCCCCACCAUGGUAGACAACCACGUCGGCCACAACUACAUGGGGGCCAUGGAGCCCAAGCCAGUGACCCCGCCGCCCCAGGUCACCCCGUCCAGGUACUCGCCUGUUCCCCGCCACAUGCUGGGGGAGGAAGACUUCACAAGGGAGCCGAGGAAGGUGUUGCUGCACAAAGGCUCCACAGGGCUAGGCUUCAACAUCGUUGGCGGGGAGGAUGGUGAAGGCAUCUUUGUGUCCUUCAUCCUGGCUGGAGGGCCGGCUGACCUGAGCGGCGAGCUGAGGAGGGGCGACCGGAUUCUCUCGGUGAAUGGAGUGAACCUAAGGAAUGCCACACAUGAGCAGGCGGCCGCAGCGCUGAAGAGAGCUGGACAGACUGUCACCAUCAUAGCUCAGUACAGGCCUGAAGAGUACAGUCGCUUUGAGUCCAAGAUCCACGACCUGAGGGAGCAGAUGAUGAACAGCAGCAUGAGCUCAGGGUCAGGAUCCCUGCGCACCAGCGAGAAACGCUCCCUCUAUGUCAGAGCUUUGUUUGACUAUGAUCGAACGAGGGACAGCUGCCUGCCCAGCCAAGGCCUGAGCUUCUCUUACGGAGACAUCCUGCACGUCAUAAACGCCUCUGAUGACGAGUGGUGGCAGGCGAGGCUCGUCACCCCGCAUGGAGAGAGCGAGCAGAUCGGGGUCAUCCCCAGCAAGAAAAGAGUUGAGAAGAAGGAGCGGGCCAGGUUAAAAACGGUCAAGUUCCACGCCAGGACAGGCAUGAUUGAGUCCAACAGGCCAGUCAAAGUAAAGCGCAAAAAAAGCUUCAACCUGACACGCAAGUUCCCGUUUUACAAGAGCAAGGAGAAUAUUGUGCAGGAGUUGGUGGAGUCCGAACAAUGCCUGACAUCCAACACAAGUGACAGUGAAAGCAGUUCGAAGGGACAGGAGGACACGAUUCUCUCCUACGAGCCGGUCAUUCGACAGGAAAUCCACUACACGAGGCCUGUCAUCAUCCUGGGCCCGAUGAAGGACAGAGUAAAUGAUGACCUCAUCUCUGAGUUCCCCCACAAGUUUGGCUCCUGCGUACCUCAUACGACUCGUCCGAGGCGAGAGAACGAGAUGGACGGACAGGACUACCACUUUGUGGGCUCGCGGGAGCAAAUGGAGAAAGACAUUCAGGAUAAUAAAUUCAUCGAGGCCGGCCAGUUCAACGAGAACCUGUACGGGACGAGCAUACUGUCGGUCCGGACUGUGGCUGAGCGGCAGGGGAAGCACUGCAUCCUGGAUGUGUCCGGGAACGCCAUCAAACGACUGCAGCAAGCACAACUUUAUCCGAUUGCCAUCUUUAUUAAACCAAAAUCCAUUGAAGCCCUAAUGGAGAUGAAUAAGAGGCAGACGUACGAGCAGGCCAAUAAAGUCUUUGACAAGGCGGUGAAGCUGGAGCAAGACUUUGGAGAGUUUUUCACAGCUAUCGUACAGGGUGACUCACUAGAGGAGAUCUACAACAAAAUCAAGCUAAUCAUCGAGGAGCAGUCCGGGCCCUACAUCUGGAUCCCCUCCUCAGAGAAGCUCUGAGCUCCCUGCCCCCCCCUCCUCUCUGCGGCGCUGCAGAGCUCCCCUCCUGCCUCCAAGAGACCCCCCCCCCCCCCCCCAAGCCCAAAUAGCCCCCUCACCUCCUUUUUGCAGAUAUGUUUCAUAUCAAGUUUUAGUGUCAUCAUUAUGUUACUCUCUAAAUGAAAAAGAAGUCUUAUCACCAUUACUGUGACUGUGCACACCCCUGCAUGAGUUUCUCAACAAAUCCAUUCAAGACUGGAAAUGCCAUUCCAAAGGAAUAUGUCAAAUGAAAACAAAAGGGAAAAGGAAUAAAUCCUUUUGUGAACUGGGACUGACUGAAGAUCAGAAUGUUACAGGAGUCGGGAUUCAAAAAGAAAAGUUGCAGUGAACCAGAGACAAAUCAUACCGAGUCGGAACACUUUGUAAAUGUUCAUCAAAUCACAUUUAAAAAGACACGCAAGACGAGAAGUAAAGACCAAUAAAGGUUUGUUUUUUCUUUUUCUAAAAAGACUGGAUAAGAUCGAGCCCUGAUGAUGGUACUGUUCAAGGAGUCGUCUCUUGUUUAUAAUGACUGAGGAAAUUAGUGGAGCCGACAAACUGGUGAUCUAUUUAUCACGAAGCAGCUUGCUGAUUGGUCGCCUGCCAGCCGCCUGCGCUGCGGCUGAUAAAGACAUCUCGCGAGGCAGAUCAAGAGGAAGAAAUGCGUUGUGAAUCUCUACAUUUAUAUUAUGAAAUCACAAGAUAAAUGAUAAAAUCCCACUGAGAUUUUACUACAUAUUAAAAACUACACAUUUUACACUUCACUAGAAUUGUCAAUUUGGAGGGCUGUUAGAUUUCAUUUUUCUUUUUUUCUCUUUCUUUCUUUGUGGGAUUUUUUUUUGCUUGUGGUUUUUAGCUGCUCUGUGUAAAGGAUGGGGGUAGAGAAGUGUAACUGGGCUCUCUGCAAAACACCAAACUGCCUUACAUCGAAUACAAAUUCUGUUUUGUGACUACCUGUUGUCUGUGAGGGAGGCCGCACACAAUUUAGGAAAAGAGAGGAAAUACCCUCCUCUUUUCUCCAUUUUCUUUGUGUCCUCCAACUGCCAGGAGGCCUGACUUGAGUGCAAUAGUUAAAACAAAGUCUCACCUCUGCAAUAGAUGAAAGUCUCACCCGCGUGGGUGCCUUUUCUCCCCCGUAUUUCAACCUUUCUUCCUAUUUAAUGAAAUAAUUUGGCCAUUGGAUUACAAUUUGACCAGCCAGCGCCUCCUUUCUCAUGUUGAGCAGCAGACCGCCCGAUUACACUCUCUGCCUUCCAAGAGGAUUCUCUUCUGAUUGAAUGGUCACAUGGUACUGUCCUAUCUGCCGCCAUGACGGUGGCCUUAAAACGGGUAGAACAAGACAAUAAUUGUAUUGGAUGUCCUAACGAUUAAAGAGUCAAUAUAACCUGUUUUUUGAAUUGUCCCCCUGUCCCCUUACCAAAAAAUAACACUAAAGUCGGGUUUGAUUAAAAAGAAAAACCUACAUGCUUUGUGUAGCCUAUCUAUACAUGUAUGAGUCCUUGUUGGCAGGUGCUGAACCUCUGUAUCGAGCUCUUAGUGCGUCAGGAAUCUCUCACGUACAGAUACCAUUUCCCCCCCCGACUGAAAGGCCACGUUAGGGCGGAGGGUUCAGAGCUGUCAGGUGUGAAGUGCUGAUGGUGGUUCUGUCGCUAAGCUAAAGGCAACCUAACGGCGUAAUCAGGCUGUAUUUGGUGUCUUCGCUCGCUUCGUGAGCUUGUUGAAGGCCGUCGGCGUGGUAACCUUUGAGUCGGCUGCAUCACCAGGAUUGAAACUGCCCCCCCCCCCCAUGCAGAUGUUUGUUAACGUGUGCAUGUGAGCGAGUAAGUCUGAAGAAAAGUGGAACGCCCCCCAAUCCUGUGAACUUUUUCCUCCUCAGCUUCUUGACGAGUGCAACAGAAGUUUUUUUUCCUUGUUUUUCGAGAGCCAGACCCAACAGGAAGUGGUAACCGAGACCUCUGGGUCCCCUGCUCUCUCCCACCCACAGAGCACCUGUACCUGCAGGCAUUUUCUGAACAGGUGUGCCCCCCUGCCAGGCACCACUGCUAAACCAGCUGUCAUUACCUGUGUCAAAACCAGAGUUCAGGGAAUAACCGAAGGGAACAGAGCCAUUUAUAAACUGCUUGCAGACUGUUUCAAAGGGUGUGGUAGCUGUACAAUGUAAAUAAGCCCCCAGCAGAUCCCCCUCACCUGUGCUUCAUGCAUGUGUGAAUCAAACUGGGACAAAAACAUGUUUUAUAGACCACAAAUGUCAGGUAAGUAAAGUUUGAGCUACUCUUGAGAUAUAAUUUCCAUACAAAUGUGCUGUAUUGUUGGUAUUUCUCUUCAAAUGCCUAUUGGAAAACUUAACUAGUCAGUUGGGAAUUCAAUUCCCUCGAGUAGAGCCUGUCUACAUGUGAUUUCUUGUGGAACGUGUCUGGGUGUAUAGAUUGAAAAAAUAUAUAUAUUGUAAAAUAAUGAAAGAGAUGCAGUCAGAAACCUACACAAUAUCACAGAAACCAGGAGCAUUGAUCAAUACAUCAUUAGAAGUUUAGCAUUGGUCCUCUCUGGUGUUUAGUUGAAAUACAGCUGACUGUUAACAAUGUGCGUGGUAUUCAUACCUCAGUCAGCCAUGUCAAAGCCCAAAGAACUUGAUUUCAUUUGAACUCUUUCCAUUGAGGAUGUGGUAUAUAACGAACCUGAAUGCCUCUGUGUGUGUAUAAUUGAUGAGGGUCUUUGUUCUGAUGAGAGAAAUGAUGACAUAUGCUUUUAUUUUUUGGGUGGGGGGGGGGGGGUCAGGGUUCUUGUUUGUACUUUUGGGUGAUGAUGUUUAUGUUAUAGCACAUCUGUGCAGUAAGUGCUUGCAAACAUGAACCCUUUGAUUGUACAGUAGUUUCCUUCCUGUCACUGCAGGUGGUACAGCCUAUCAGGACACUCGGCCUCAUGGUCUUCCUUGUCCUAGUCAUGAGGGAACAGUCCUGCAACUUUUGUUUGGGUUUUAUUUUGGGACUUGACAAGAGUUUAUUUGUUUGAAAAUAAAAUAUGUGACUCAGUUA